AUGAGAGAGCAAGCUGGUCAAACUUCGAGUGUUCAGGAUGCGCGAACAAAUGGGCACCCUCGGGAAAACGGGUGCGAUCCCAAGUUUGAGCCCAUGGCCAUCGUCGGCAUGGCUAUGCGCUUGCCCGGCGGCGUUCGCAAUGGCAAUGACUUUUGGGAGAUGAUAGUGCAGAAGAAAGACGGUCUUUGCAAAGUCCCCGAGGAUCGAUAUAACAUUAAGGGCUUCCAUACAGAAGAACCUACGGCAGGCGCUCUUAGACAACCGCUUGGUUAUUUUCUACAAGAUGUCGACCUGAAGCAGCUCGACACGUCCUUCUUCUCGUUGCCCAAGAAAGAACUCGCACGACUCGACCCUCAACACAGACAGCUACUCGAACUCACUUGGGAGUGCAUGGAGAGCGCGGGUGCCACCGGCUGGCGCGGUACUGAUAUGGGCUGCUUCGUCGGGGUGCUUGGACAAGACUGGCGAGAUUUGAACUCCAAGGAGACACACCAGUCCGGAAACUACCGCGUUACGGGCUUCGAGGAUUCUUUCCUCUCGAAUCGAUUAUCUUACGAGUUCGACCUGCACGGGCCUAGUCUCACCGUCAAAACCGCGUGUUCAUCGUCCAUGUACGCUCUGCAUCUCGCCUGUGAUGCCAUCCGUCUGGGCGACUGCUCCUCUGCCCUCGUCGCCGGCAGCAGCCUCAUCUUCUCCCCGGGGAUGUCGCUGGCUUUUGCGGACCAAGGCAUCCUAUCACCAACCGGGACCUGCAAGACCUUCGACGCUGGCGCAGACGGAUACGCGCGCGGCGAAGCAGUCAACAUGAUCUAUAUCAAGAAGUUGAGCGACGCCUUGGAUGAUGGCGACCCAAUCCGUGCCGUCAUCCGUGCUACCGCCGCCAACUGCGACGGCAGAGGUGCCGCGUCGGCGGGCAUCACGACCCCAAGCCCAGCUUCCCAGGAAGCAUUGAUCCGCAAGACGUACGCAGCUGCUGGCAUUAACGACUUUUCUCAGACGGCAUACGUUGAGUGCCAUGGCACAGGCACGCAAGUUGGCGACCCCCUAGAAGCCACCGCCGUGGGCAGUGUUUUCGGCGAAAAAGGCGUGUUGAUCACGUCUGUCAAGCCCAACGUUGGACACUCGGAAGGCGCAGCAGGGAUUACCAGCGUGAUCAAGGCCGUUCUCUCACUUGAGAACCGAACAAUUCCGCCCAACAUCUUUUUCAACAAGCCUAAUCCCCAGAUUCCGUUUGCCGAAGCAUCUCUGCGGGUCCCUAUUGAGCCUGAACCGUGGCCAAAGGAUCGCAAGUUGAGGGUCAGCGUGAACUCAUUUGGUAUAGGUGGAUCAAACGCCCACGCUAUUAUUGAGGCGUGGCAACCAACGGAGAAUGGGGAGCAUCUCCAAACGCUUACAAAUGGACGAGAUGACCAUCAAAGCCACCUGCUCGUAUUCUCGGCGCAAAACGCCGACUCUUUGAGGUGCAGCAUCGACAAGUACGCCACUUUCAUGACCAACACGGCUGUACGAUUGAAAGACCUGGCGUAUACGCUGGCUGUUAGACGCGAAGCCCUAGCGUACCGCUCGUUUGCCGUCAUGGACAAUGCAUCAAGCCCCUUGGUCCAUGUGCCAGCAGAGCAGGCAGGACCCAGGCCCCAAGUCGUGUUUAUCUUCACAGGACAGGGUGCUCAGUGGCCGCAGAUGGGUAAACGGCUGCUAGAUACUAAUCUAGUGUUCAAGAAUACAAUUAGGCAGCUAGACCAGCAACUGAAAUGUGCUCUUCCGUCAAUCGGCUGGACCAUCGAAGAUGAACUAUGUAAAUCUGCUUCAGACAGCAAGAUUCACACGGCCGAAAUGUCCCAGCCAAUCUGUACAGCUGUCCAGAUUGCCUUGGUGGAAACUUUGCGUGCUUGGGGUGUCAGGCCUGAAGCCGUACUUGGCCAUUCGUCUGGCGAGAUUGCUGCUGCGUACGCCAGUGGUGCCCUCUCAAUGAAGGUAGCCAUGACAAUUGCCAGUAUGCGAGGCAUCUCGGUGCAGGAAUCCGCAAAGGUUGGUGGAAUGGCUGCUGUCGGGCUUGGACGGGAGGAGCUGCUCCCCUUCCUUGAAGAGGGAGCCGUCGUGGCCUGUGAGAACAGCCACCGCAGUAGCACUAUCUCUGGCGAUCUGGAAGUCGUUCAGCUGGUGGUCGCCAGGAUAAAGACGGAGCUCCCCGACGUCUUCGUUCGUAUGCUCAAGGUGGAAAGGGCUUACCACUCGCACCAUAUGCGAGCUUUUGGGGCAACUUAUCAAGAGCAGCUGACACGAGGAAAGGUGGCCAGCAAAGAGCCACAGAUCCCGCAUUACUCCAGUGUCACAUCUAGUAGGAUCUGGGGCAAGGACGCCUUGGGACCGGCGUACUGGCGCGAGAAUCUCGAAAGCCCAGUCCUCUUCAACACAGCGCUCCGUGCGCUGCGAGACGACUUUGGCAAGGAGAAGCUGAUUUUUGUUGAGAUUGGCCCUCAUCCAGCCCUCAAGGGUUACGUGGAGCAGAUUGUUCGUGACGUUGGCCAUGCAGAUGACGUUCACAUUGGAACUCUAAGCCGGGCAAGUGACUGCCAGCAAGUGCUGCUGAGUACGGCGGGAAAGCUAUUCAUGUACAACUGCCCAAGUCUAGAUCUUGCGGCUGUUGUGUCUCCAGGGUCCGUUCUCACCAACCUACCCAGCUACUCAUGGACGCAAAACAAUAUACACUGGGACGAAUCGCGUGUCUCGAAGGAGUGGAGGUUCCGCAGCGAGCCUCCACACGAACUUCUUGGGACGAGGGUUCUGGAACUCAACAACGAGCCGCACUGGAGGAACAUGAUCUCCCUGGACGACCUUCCGUGGCUAGAAGGACAUCAAGUGGCUAGCCAGAUCGUCUUUCCCGCAGCAGGCUACAUCGCAAUGGUGGGGGAAGCUAUUCGCCAGCUUUCGGAGGAACGUGUGUACAGCCUGAGACAGGUCAACAUCAAGUCCGCCCUCGUGCUCGCACACAGUGCACCCGUUGAGGUUGUCACGACUCUUUCUCCGCUUUUCGCAUCAUCGCCCGAUGCUUCUGCCUGGUAUUCAUUCCACGUCAGCUCUUUCAAUGGCACCAACUGGACCACACAUUGUUCCGGGGAAGCGCGGCCACGGUACGACGGGCUUUGCUAUCCGACAGAUGUCGAAGCUGCUGUGACUACCAUGCCACGCAAGGUGGACCCCAAGUCGUGGUAUGAUAUGGUGGAUGAGGCAGGCUUCUGCUACAGCGGUCUGUUCCGCGGUCUCAAGGACAUCUCGUCCUCUACGACUGCAAGCGAAGCUCUCGGCGCAACCUCAAUCGCUGACAUUCCGGGUCCUCCCCGCUACACAUUGCAUCCAGCUCUGAUUGACCAGUGCUUCCAGAUGCUGUGCAUCUCUUCAAUCCAGGGCCAGACGCACAAAUACCUCAGAUUGGCUGUGCCUACCUAUAUUGAAGAUAUCGUCAUCUUUGCCGGUGGAAAUAACCUGCAAGUAAAAGCUACAGGCGUCGCUUCGCAAACGGGCUCAUUCAGCGGCGACGUGUUCGCCCAACACGACGGUAAGCCGUCCCUGUUCAUGAAAGCUCUCAAAUCGUCGCCCCUCGAAUCCAGCUCGAUCCCUGGUCAAGAUCUUCGGCUUUUUCAGCAAUUUGAGUGGAGGCUUGACAGCGACUUGAACCCCUUGGAGCGAAAUUUUGUUGCGCCUCAAGAUGGAUGCACAGAUGGAUUCCUAGAGCUCGAGUCUCUUUUUGUACUGUGUGCUGCGGAAUAUGUCGAACGCAUCCGGCCCGCUAGCACUACUCCAAGCCACCUAAAUAAGCUUCAUAAGUGGGCAAGGGAAGAGAUCGACAGAGCCUCAAAAGGCGGCAAGAUGCUUGUCGAGCCCAGCCAUGCGCUGUGCGACCGCUCCGAGAGGCUUGCUCGAAUCAAGGCCAUCGCUUCUCAGGCUCAGGCGACCCGGUGGGCUCCAUGCGCUGUUGCCAUCACGCGUCUGCUAGAUUCAGCCCCGGAUAUAUUCUCCGGUAGCGUAGAACCCUUGACGGUCCUGAUGGAAGGAGACUUGCUGAGUCGCAUCUACGAUAUUUUGGACGCUGGCGACUAUUCAGCCACCAUUCGCUCCAUUGCCCACAAGAACCCGCGGCUAAGAAUCCUCGAGGUUGGCGCUGGAACUGGCGCUGCCACUGAGAAGAUUCUGAAGGCGCUGACGACGUCGUUUGGAACACGUAGCUAUAGUAAAUACACGUACACCGACAUCUCUCCAGGCUUCAUGAACGCAGCCAAGGAGCGCUUCAGCAGCUACGCCAACAUCGAGUAUCGCGUUUUCGAUGUCAGCAAGCAUCCAGCCGAUCAAGGUUUCGAGCUGGCAUCUUACGACCUCAUCAUCGGCGCCAAUGUUAUACACGCAACGCCAUCUCUGCACACCUCUCUCACACACCUACGAGCCCUCUUGCGACCCGCUGGUCAGCUGUUUCUCCAGGAGCUCAGCCCUGAGGCGAAGUGGAUCAAUUUUGUUUGGGGACAUCUCCCUGGUUGGUGGCUGGGUGAAGAUGACGGGCGGCCAGAUUCGCCGUGGGUGUCGCCGCAGCGGUGGACAAACGAGCUCGUGGCUACCGACUUCCAAACUCCGCACACCAUUGUCUAUGACUAUCCACCGCCAUUCCAUAUCAACGCGUCCAUCAUCGCGACGGUGGCCUCCGAAGCGAAACCAGCUUCGACGGUCACUCUUCUCUGUAACUGUGAGGAAGAACCGCACGUACAGGUGAUGAAGGAGAGGCUCAAGACAGACGGUAGCGACGUCAACGUGUGCCUCUUUGGCCAUGGAUCUGCCAUCCCUAAUUACGGGGGAGACAUCAUCUGCUUUUUGGACAAACCAGCUCCCAUCCUAUACGAUAUGCCGCAAGAAACAUUUCAGCAGAUCUUCCGUCACCUCCUUGCUGCAAGGGGCAACAUCUUCUGGGUUACUGGUCUGGCGCAGAUUAACUGCCAGGAUCCGCGCAAUGGCAUGGUCCUCGGCCUCGCUCGAUCUCUCCGACAGGAGGAGAACAAAAAGAUGUACACCAUCGAGUUGGACGACAAGACGCCCGUCGACACAGCUAUCGACCACAUUGCCGCAAUCCAGAGGGUGUCACACAGGGAUGCCCCGUGGGACGACAUGGACGUGGAUUGGGAGUACGCCAUCAUUGGCGGCUUGGUAUAUGUCCCACGCAUGCACUGGCAGACCAGGGCUGGGACACUCACAGAGCAAGUUGCCGACGAGGACACAGCAGUCACCCUGAAGACUCAGAGCCUGGCAAUCGGGAGUCCAGGUUUGCUCCAUACGAUGCACUGGGAAGAGCAGCCAGUUACCGAGCUGCAAGAAGACGAGGUCCGCAUCCGAGUGAAAUCUGUGGCAAUGAAUUUCAAAGAUGUUCUCAUUGCCAUGGCGAUUGUCAACGCCAAUCUUGGGGAAAUAGGCAGAGAUGUAGCUGGCGUCGUCGAGGCUCGGGGCAGCGCCGUAACCGGCUUGGAAAUUGGCGACCGCGUCAUCUCUUUGUAUCCCGGCUGCUUUACUACGUACAAGAAUCUCCCCGCAUCACACUGCGUCAAGCUCGAGUCAAAUCUCACUUUUGAGGAGGGCGCCGCCAUUCCUUGCGUUUAUGCCACCGCCAUGAUGUGUCUUGUUGACAGAGGAAACUUGAAGAAGGGCCAGACUGUAUUGAUUCACUCGGCAUGCGGUGGUGUCGGUCUUGCUGCUGUUCAGAUUGCUCUGUCUCUAGGCGCCCAGGUCUUCUGUACGGUCGGAAACGCGGCCAAGGUCGCCUACCUGGUUGAUGAAUUCGGCAUAUCGGCCUCACACAUCUUCAACUCUCGAGAUGAUUCGUUUGCUGCCGACGUGAUGAACGCAACUCACGGCAGAGGAGUGGACUUGGUUCUCAACAGCUUAGCAGGCGAGCUUCUUCACGCCUCGUGGAAAUGUGUAGCCGAGUUUGGCGUCAUGAUCGAGAUCGGCAAGCGGGACUUCCAACGGCACGCGAAGCUGAGCAUGGACGUUUUUGAACUCAACCGCGGUUUCGUGGGCCUUGACCUGGGCCACAUCCUUCUUCACCGGCCAGCAGAAGCCCUGGAUGCUCUGCAAAGAUGCAUGAAGCUUCUCCACGACGGGGCCAUCAAGCCACUGCCUCUGGCAAGAGUAUUUGAUGCAUCGGAGAUCCAGGAGGCUUUCCGGAGCAUGCAAGGAGGCCAGCAUAUUGGGAAGAUGGUUGUCAACAUGCCGGAUGAGCCGCAGACCCUCCAGGCUGUCAAGACAUCGCCCGAUCUGAAGUUCCGCUCCGAUCGCAGUUACAUGCUGGUCGGGGGACUGGGUGGUCUAGGCAAGGUGAUCGCAGGAUGGAUGGUCGAGCAUGGGGCACGCCAUCUCAUCUUCCUGGCUCGGUCCGGGGACUCGCACCCGGAAACUCAAGACUUUCUGGCAGAACUGCAGAGCGUUGGGUGCCAAACACAGGUCUUCGCUGGCAGUGUGGGCAGCAAAGGCGACGUGGCAGCCGCAGUCCAGGGGGCUUCGUUGCCAAUAGCGGGCGUGAUGAACAUGUCGCUGGUAUUGAAGGAUGUUGCUGCGGCCAACAUGACCUUCGAAGACUGGAACACAGUCAUGCCGCCGAAGGUGCAAGGUACUUUGAACCUACACGAGGCUCUGCCCUCAGAUCUGGACUUCUUUGUCCUGUUCGGAUCUUACAGCGGAAUCGCUGGGCAGUGGGGCCAAGUCAACUACGGCGCCGCCAACACGUACGUGGACGCUUUCGUGCAAUACCGACAUGCCCACGGCCUUGCGGCCUCGGUCAUCGACCUUGGCGCCGUUGGAGACGCAGGGUACGUCUCACAGAACCCGGACGUGCUAGCCUACAUGCGAAACAGCGGUACCUACAUGCUGCAUAGUUGGGAGGUUCUUGAUGCGGUGCAACUGGCCGUGCAAAGGUCAAGGCCUUUGCUCUCUGAUCUUUCCUCGGCAGGGUACAUCAACUCGAGUCAGAUUAUCGUUGGUGUCUUGACAGGAAUGUCAAUCUCAGACAAGAGGGCACGCCUGCCCUGGAAGCGGGAUCCUCGGAUGAGCUACUACCAGAACCUGACCAGCGACACCGACGCUCCGACCGGCGCGUCUCCGCAGCAUGAUGAUGUGCGCGAGUUGCUUGCGCAGGCAUCUUCGUCUCCCAAAAUGCUGGCCACCGAGGACACGCAACGAUUGCUUGCGUCGGUGCUUGGGAUGGCUCUUUCUAGCUUCCUCCUGAAGCCGCCCGAGGAUAUGCAUCCGGACACGUCCUUGGCCAGCAUCGGCGUGGAUUCGCUGGUGGCUAUGGAGCUGCGCAACUGGGUGCGGCAAAAAUUUGCCGUAGAACUCAAGACUUUCGACAUUAUCCAGAGCGCUUCUCUCCUUGCUCUCGCAGAGCUCGUUUCGCAGGCGUUGACGCUACGGUAUGGAGCUCCCGCUUCUUAG